AUGAGUCUUGAAGGUAAAUUGGUUUCUGAGAUAAACAUCAAGUGUGAUGGAGAUGUGUUCCAUGAAAUAAUUAUGUACAAACCACAUCAUAUGUGCAACAUAUGCCCUGAUAAGAUACAAAAAGUGGAUAUUCAUGAAGGUGAAUUGGGCACUAUUGACUCUGUUAGGUUAUGGAAAUUCACCCAUGAUGGGAAAGAGAUGGUGGCAAAGGAAGUUAUUGAAGAAAUAGAUGAAGAAAAGAAGUUGGUUAAAAAAAAGAUGAUUGAAGGAGAUAUGUUAGAGUAUUACAAAUCAUUUUACCUCACUAUUCAUGUUGAGACAAAGGGUGAAAACAACUUAGUUACUUGGAUCUUGGAAUAUGAAAAGAAGAAUGCAAAUGUGCCAGAUCCACACACUUUCAUGGAAUUGUGUCUCAAUAUCACUAAAGAUAUUGAGAGUUACCACAUCAAGUGAUACA